AUGGAGAAUUGGGGUCUCAUCACAUUUCGUGACUCAACGCUUCUUUAUUCUCAGGAAACAACAAAUGCUCAGACAAAAGAGCAAAUAGCUCUUAUCGUUUGUCAUGAGAUAGCGCAUCAGGUAUUCAAUCUUCUCGCUUUGGACGACUUUAGUGAGGCGGCAAUGGAGAACUGGGGUCUCAUCACAUUCCGUGACUCCACGCUUCUUUAUUCUCAGGAAACAACGAAUGCUCAGACAAAAGAGCAAAUAGCUCUUAUCGUUUGUCAUGAAAUAGCGCAUCAGUGGUUCGGCAAUUUGGUAACCAUGGACUGGUGGAACGAUUUGUGGCUGAACGAGGGUUUUGCCAAUUACAUGGAGUACAAAUGUGUGGACAAUCUCUUCCCUGAUUGGAAUAUUAUGACUCGUUUUUACUCGGAAAACAUAGCGUACAGUCAAGAGCCAGACGGUUUACGAAGCUCUCGUGCAGUUUCUUCAAAUACAUCAAACAAUACCAACCUUAUGGGAUUGUUCGAUGCCAUUAGUUAUCACAAAGUAAUCGCUAGAGAAAGUGUCGACAUUACAAGAGUGAAAAUCUAA